AUGGACGAAAAAGACCAGAUCUCCCAAUCCUCUCAGGAACCCGCAUCGGACAAUGUCCCAUCAGACAAUGUCCCAUCUGGCAAUUCUCGUCUUGAUGCGCUGGAAAACCUCGAAAUCCUCCCUCAAAUCCUGCAAGAGGGCAUUCUGUUCGCAGGCUCAGGGACGGCCAUUCUCCUCCAAGCCGCCAUGCCCGGCAUCAAGCGCAGUGAGGGCGACCACCACAAGAACCUGGCGACAGAGCUAGGCGACAACCUGCAAGCCUUCAUGAGCUACAUCUCGUGCUUCGUGUUUGGCACCAAAGAGGAAAAGAAGACGCUCCUCAACCUGCUGCAGAGCCAUCAGCCUCCUCUCCGUGGCAGCGACAACUACGCUACCAACCCUGAGAUCCAGCUGUGGGUGGCUGCGACGCUCUACGCGACCGCUACCGACUUCUACCAGCGCAUCUACGGUCGUGUCAACUACCGUACGGCCGAAAAGGCCUACACCGAGUACGCUCUCCUCAUCGCCUGUCUGGGGAUGACACCGGGCACAUGGCCUGAAACCCGGCAGGCGUUUUGGACGUACUGGGAUGACCAGAUUGAGAAAUUGACCGUCGCGGCUGAUGCGCACCAGUUCGUCAAGGACCUGCUGCAUGAUAAAGCCAUGCCGACGUGGGUGCAGCUGAUGAAGCCGCUGCUGCACGUCGCGACGAUCGAGAUGCUCCCACCUCGAAUCCGCGAAGGAUACGGGCUGAAAUCGACAUUCAGCACGAGGCUAUUAUAUCGCACUUCGAUGGGAUUCUCGGUCGCGGCGUAUCCGGCACUGCCCAAGUCAGUGCGAUCGUAUGCGCUCAAGUAUUAUCUGGAGGAUUUGCGGAAGCAUAUGAACGUGGUUUAG